CGUCUCGAUAAUUGCAUAUGUUUCGGUUUGCAGUGAAAACAAGGCUCAGAGAAGAGAGUUCUUUGGCAAGGCUACAUGAAAGCGUGUCAAGGAGACGCUGGAACACGAACAAGCAUGUAUAAUCUCAGGUCGGAGGUCAGAAACGGUGCAAGAUAUAUCUUACAAAGUCGAACCAUUACUUGCCUUUACAUGUGUCGAACAAUUAUUAAUAUCAACAGGGGUAGAGUAGAAACGCCCCACCCCAACAUUUGCCACAAGUUUACAGAUGAUGCAAUCUGUCAGUAAGCCAACAAACAGCUAUCAGCGCUCCAAUCGGCUGCUGUUGCUGCUACCUUGUGGUUUAGCAGUGGUGGAAGUCGUCAUGAAAGACUCGCCACAACCACACUGGCCUUGAGAGUUUGGAUUGAUGAAUACGAACUCUGACCUGCAAUGCAAAGGAAAGUGAUGAGUGUACAAUUCGUCAGUCAGCUCGACAUUCGUAGCCCAACACUCGUUACUACGAUUAGGAGGAAUAAUUAGCACAGCCCAUCAAGAGCAAGGCCUUGAGCCACGUAGCAAGUUUGUUAGAGUUAGUGGUGGAAGUUGUUAUAGUUAGUGGUGAGUUACGAAUAAUUAUCUCCAUGUUUAGUGGAGAAAGUGCAGUAGCAUUAGAGAAGAACGUGGAGUUUGUUCCACUUAGAUAGCUUCUUUCCAAUUCAUGUAUUUAAGGUAGAAAUCAAUUGAAUAGAGGGUAGCGAAUUUCAGAAUCAAGAAACUCCUGGCCAUUCUCGCCAAGAAAGGAGAAAACUGGUUCAAUCCCGCCAAAAAAGGGAUCCAUUCACUCAUACGAUUUCAACACGUAUCAUUUGGUAUCAGAGCCGUUGAUCCGUGUUUCGAUCAUGGCGAACUCAAAGAAACCAUCAAGAGAUGAACUCAUCAAUCGGAUGAUGACAUCCUUGGAUAUUGCGAUGGCAGCUUGCCGUAGAGCCAUCACGGCUUACGAUAGAGUCAGAACACCACCGCCGCCGCAAGUUGAGAUCAUGGCUGCCAUGGAAGAGGCGGAUCGCCGGCCCACUUGUAGCAACCGCACCGCCACCGUCGAAAAACGAAGCUCUAGCAAAGUCGAUAAAGGAAGAGGAAGAAAACGACGACGACGUUGAUGCUGCACCACCAUCGCCAUCACAAGUUGAGACCCUAGUUGCCGUGAAGGUGGAUCCAUUGCCCAUCGCUUCCACCUUAGUUCCAAAGCUGCCCACGGCGUCGCUGAUCUCUCCACAUGUGCGCACAACAGAAUCACCAUCACUCGUUGUUGAAGCAAAGCCACCGCUCGAAUCAACUGUCAAAGCCGCUCCUGCUUCCCUACGCCUCACCAUUAAGCACCAUCAUAUGGGAAAGCUGCAAACUUUGUUAGUUACGGAUCGGCACCAAAUGCAGGGGUAUGUCCUAUUAUGGGGUAUCGGAAUAGCCAACAAAUGUGCUAUUCACAUUAGAGGUAGGAGAAUAUUGGGUCAAUUGAAGUCUUGGAAGUUUAGAAAGAAAGGUGAGGUUUUUGUAGGAUUGUAUGGUGUUGACGGUGAUUUUAUCCACUGGUGGAAGAGAAGGAAGAAGUGGAACGAGAAUCCAAUUCCAAAAGGGAAGCUGCAGGCCCAGGCGAAGAAAGAACCAAUGACCUGCACUCUGGAUUGUUGCUACAUUGACAAAGUCUUUGGGGACAAGAUUUACAAGCUCAAGCGCGAUGCCGAAGCUACCGCCGCCACCGACAUUGACAAUAGUGAAUCGAUUGUGAUUGAAUCACCAUUGCCACUGCCGACGAAGCAAUCGAUGGUCCCCUCCGCCGUCAAUCUCGACACGCCGACCUUAAUGAUCACAACCUACGACAAGGUGAUCUCAAGGAGGAGCUGUAAAAGUUUUAGGAAGCGCAGAGUGUGGGCGAAGAUUGCGAACAUGCAAGCGACGUCGUUUGAGGAGCAAAUGAACAAGUGGAAAAGGGAUGAACAAGCCGAAGGGGGUGAGGUCAGUUCAGCUAUAUGGGUUGACUUAUGGACCAAACCAGCUCACAGAUAUGGGUUAAGAAUGAAAUGGGGUAUUGGAAGGCGGCAUUUCAUCAAUGAUCCUACCUACAAGAUGGCCUCCGUUUUCAAUCAUCGCUUCAUUAAGCUCGGCCUUGAGGACAAGGCCGUUUUUCAGGGGUUGGUAAUGAUGAGUGUACAAUUUGUCAGUCAGCUCGACAUUCGUAGCCCAACACUCGUUACUACGAUUAGGAGGAAUAAUUAGCCCAGCCCAUCAAGAGCAAGGCCUUGAGCCACGUAGCAAGUUUGUUAGAGUUAGUGGUGCAAGUUGUUAUAGUUAGUGGUGAGUUAGGAAUAAUUAUCUCCAUGUUUAGUGGAGAAAGUGCAGUAGCAUUAGAGAAGAACGUGGAGUUUGUUCCACUUAGAUAGCUUCUUUCCAAUUCAUGUAUUUAAGGUAGAAAUCAAUUGAAUAGAGGGUAGCUAAUUUCAGAGUCAAGAAACCCCUGGCCAUUCUCGCCAAGAAAGGAGAAAACUGGUUCAAUCCCGCCAAGAAAAGGGAUCCAUUCACUCAUACGAUUUCAACACGUAUCAGAAAGCAGAUACAUAUUUAUUCCAGAGGGAGUAUAUGAGAAAGCAGGCAGCAACGAUGGAAAUGAGAGAGAGGCAGCAGCAGCAGCUUGGACAUUCAUACAACGAAUGUCAAGUAGAUAACAGAGUCUGCCUAUCAUACUUCAAGAAACGUACCUGAGUUUGUCGUCAACAAAAUCCAUCUUGGUUCCUAUCACGUGCAUGAGAGCCUUGGGUUCAAUCAGUACCUUCACACCCUUUUCUUCGAUUAACUCAUCGAAUUUCCCUUUCUCAUCUGUUAAAAUCGUGAAAAGUUGACAAAACAGCAACAUCUUCUCUUUCAAAUUCGGUAGCUUCACUGUACCAGCAAUCACAAGUAUAGAAGGUGCAGCACCAGAAACAGAAGAAGAUGUUUAUGGUAGCAACAUAACAUGAACAGGUAGCUAGCUAAACAUGGUAAUAACUAUCUGCUUGAACUGCACUGUCGCCAUACACAAAAAAGUGGCUGCCGUUAUCAAUUACCAUUGAGGCAAUUCUUGAAGGGAAAAGGGAAAAUGAGAUGGAUGCCAACAGAGGCAUCCAACAUAUGAUUCACUAUUAGCCUAAUAAGACUAAUGGCCUCCUUUGCUCUCCUCUCCCCUAGAAAUUCUAUGGCGAUUAAGCAAGAGGUGGAUUUCUAUUUCCAGAGAAGAGGAUAAUCAUCAUAUCACAGCAAGACCAGAGCAUUUCAACAAUACCAAUUUCAGUCUCAACAGCAGACGAUAUCCGAAUCUUGAUAAGAGCAUCGGAAAGCAAAACCUAACAUCCCUGAGAGGGGAUUGAAAGAAGGAAAAUAGCAUAAGCGAAGUACCUGCGUAAUUGAGCGUGUAGGAUAAGCCGUUGCAUCCGCGAGCCUUGACGCCUAGCCGGAGGAAAGGCCUUUGUCGUUGCUGCAACAGCUGGCGUAUCCUCGACGCCGCCGCGUCGGUUAACGUCACGGCCUGCCGCCUCAUGGCGGGACCUAUCUUCUGCGCAGCUGCCGCCAAGGAUUUGGAUGCCAUGGUAAGUGUUUCUUAAUCCAAGGGAUGCUGAACUCGCUUUAUGCUGAUAAGGAAUGAUACGUCGUUCCCAAUCCCGCCAACGUAUUACCCAAAAAAAAAGUUGGUCGGAGGUUCGCUGGGGCUGGAAGAAACACACGGUUCCUGA